UCUGAAUGCAUCGACAUCUGAUCGGUUAUUUCAGCACAUGUGUCCGGGAAACUCAUUAGCAUGUGAUGGUAAUUAAUGUGGGAUUCAGUGCGGAUGUGUGUGACAUCAUCACUAAUCAACAGAUGCAGGAUCCGCACACUUUACAAGAUUUGGAAAGUAUCUCAGCGAUGGAUUUCAUCAUGCUUUACACCGAGAACACCAGCGUGAACCACACCUCGCUCUUCAACAACAUCACGCUCUUACCGUAUUACCAGCAUUCGCUCGCGGUGGCCACCGUCUUCAUCCUGGCAUACGGGCUCAUCUUCUCGCUGUGCAUGCUGGGAAACCUCCUGGUGUGUUUCAUCGUGCUGAAAAACAGGCAGAUGCGAACCGUCACCAACAUCUUCAUCCUCAACCUGGCCAUCAGCGACCUGUUAGUGGGCAUCUUAUGCCUUCCCAUCACGCUGGUGGACAAUCUCAUCACAGGUUGGCCAUUUGAUGUAGUGAUCUGUAAAAUGAGUGGACUCGUCCAGGGAGCUUCAGUCUCGGCCUCUGUCUUCACGCUGGUGGCAAUCGCAGUGGAAAGGUUCCGUUGCAUCGUGUAUCCGUUCCAGCGUAAGCUAACGCAGCGUCAGGCCAUCAUUAGCAUCGCCUCCAUCUGGGCUCUAGCCGUCGCCAUCAUGUGUCCCUCCGCCGUCACGCUAACCGUCUCCCAGGAAGUCCUGCACUUCAUGGUGGACCGGGACAACGUCACGUACCCGUUGUUCACCUGCUGGGAGGCCUGGCCCGAGCGUAGCAUGAGGAAGAUCUACACCACUGUCCUGUUCUCACACAUCUACCUGGCUCCGGUCACGCUCAUCGGCAUCAUGUACACGCGCAUCGCCAUCAAGCUAGUCAAGUCUCCCGCCUCCAUCCGCGACGCGCGCGCGGAGGACGAGAACCGCAGGGUUUUCCGCCGGAAGCUUCGAGUGGUGAACAUGUUGCUAAUGGUGGCUUUGCUGUUCACCGUGUCCUGGCUCCCGCUCUGGAUCCUCAUGAUGCUAACGGAUUACGGGAACCUAUCGCCCGCGCAUCUGGACAUGGUGGCCGUGUACAUCUUCCCGUUCGCGCACUGGCUAGCGUUCUUCAACAGCAGCGUGAACCCCGUGGUGUACGGAUACUUCAACGAGAACUUCCGGCGCGGGUUCCAGGCGGCGUUCAGGAUGGGUGUGUGUGUUGUGAAGGAGCCCAGACACAACGGCACCUGGAAACACAACCGCGUGUUUGCGGACGGAGACGCGGCAGGCGCUCAGGGGAACGUCAGGAGAGAUUUCUGCACCGCAGAACAGCGGGAUGAGCUGGUGCUCGAGGAUCUGGACUGAGAACAACAAACA